AUGAAUAGCCAAACAGCAGCCGGCAAUCGGAUCACGUUCACCAAUCAAUUGCCCAAUGGAACCAUCAAUAUAAGUGGCAAUCCGGGCGGUGGUGGUGGUCCGACGAUCAUCUCAACUGCCCAGCUUCCAAACACAACAACCAUCAAGACCAUCACGGCCGGGAUUGGCAGCCACCAUCCGGGACUGACUCAGGUGCACCACCAACAGUCGCCCCACCAGCAGCAGCAGACGCAAUCCGUAGGUGCCACCCAAACACAAACCCUAGUUAUUAAAUCCAAUCACCAUGCUGUCACCCUGCCGGCGGGUCUAGUAUCAAGUGCACCAGCAGGAAUCGUAACAAUGACCAAGACCAUCAAUCAGGGCCAGCCGCUGCUCAACUCGAUGCUGCCGGCAGGAGUUGUGGUGGGCAUGCGGCACCAGUCGCCUUCGCAGCAGCAGCAGCAGCAGAAGAACGUGUCCGCCAAUCCGCUGAGUCGAGUGGUAAUCAACUCCCACAUGGGUGGUGUGAGGCCGCAGAGUCCAUCGAUAACUUUAAGCACACUUAAUACAGGACAGACCCCAGCGUUGUUGGUGAAAACGGAUAAUGGAUUCCAACUGUUGCGCGUGGGCACGGCCACGACGACGGGCCCGCCAACGGUGACACAGACCAUGACCAAUGCGAGCAAUAACACCAACAGCCACCACACAACAAGCACCACAAACCAUCCCACAACAACACAGAUACGACUACAAACUGUGCCGGCUGCAGCUGUAAGUAGAUAUCAUGGGCAACAACCAUCCCAACAGCAGCAACAACAGCAGCAGCAACAGCAACAGCAACUUCAGUCGCAACAACAGCAACAGCAAGCAUCCAGCACUACUGCCAGCGUUAGCAUAGCACUGCGCAAAACGAUUGUCCGUACAUCAUCCACAAUCCCAUCCAGCAAUAGCAACAAUAACCAUAUAAUUAAUGCCUCCACCACCACCACCAACACCACCACCACUACUACUACCAACAACAACAACAGCAACAGCAAACCCGCUACUAACCAGCAACUACAGCAGCAACAGCAACAGCAGCAGCAGCAGCAGAAGCUCCAGCAGCAGCAGCAGCAACUGAAGGCUCAGCAGCAACAGAAACAGCAGCAGCAACAUGCCGCUGCCACGGCUGCCGCAGCGGCUGCAGCUGCAGCCAAUGUGCCCGUCACUAUAAAGAUCAAGCAAAACUCGAUGACCAACACCACCGCCUCCAACAACAUCAUUGUCAAUUCGGUGGCCAGCAGCAAUGCGCAUAGCUACACGAGCUCAUCGCAGCCGCCGCACCUGACGCAGCUGAACUCGCAGGCGCCCCACCUGCCACAGAUCACGCAAAUCCAAACAAUACCAGCACAGCACCAGCAACAGCAGCAACAUCAUCAGCAGCAUCAGCAGCAGCAACAGCAGGUGAACAAUGUGAGCUCCUCGGGGGGAGCGCCAGCGACAACCAGCACAACGACAACGACGACGGCUCAGCAGGGAAAUACCAAAGAAAAGUGUCGCAAGUUUCUAGCCAAUUUAAUUGAAUUAUCGACACGGGAACCGAAGCCGGUGGAGAAGAAUGUGCGCACCCUCAUCCAGGAGCUGGUCAAUGCGAAUGUGGAGCCCGAGGACUUUUGUGAUCGCCUGGAGCGUUUGCUGAACGCCAGUCCACAGCCAUGUCUCAUUGGGUUUCUCAAGAAGAGUCUGCCACUGCUGCGUCAGGCCCUCUACACCAAGGAGCUGGUCAUCGAGGGAAUCAAACCGCCGCCCCAACAUGUCAUCGGUCUAGCCGGACUUUCGCAACAGCUGACGAAAAUUCAAGCGCAAAUCCGUCCGAUUGGGCCCAGCCAGACAACGACCAUUGGACAGACGCAAGUGCGCAUGAUAACACCAAAUGCUAUGGGCACGCCACGGCCCACCAUCGGCCACACGACGAUAUCGAAGCAGCCUCCCAAUGUACGAUUGCCAACGGCGCCGCGACUCGUCAGCACGGGUGCCAUUCGCACCCAGAUACCCUCGCUCCAAGUGCCUGGACAAGCGAACAUUGUGCAAAUCCGUGGACCGCAGCAUGCUCAAUUGCAGCGAGCUGGCACUGUGCAGAUCCGGGCCACAGCCCGGACGCAGAACACCACUCCCACGAACAAACUCACUGCCGUCAAAGUGGGCCAGACGCAGAUCAAGGCGAUAACGCCCAGCCUGCACCCGCCGAUGCUGGCAGCCAUAUCGAACAGUGGGCCGCCGCCCACACCCACGCUGUCGGUGCUGUCGACGCUGAAUUCGGCAUCGGUCACGUCGCUGCCGGUGCCGUCGCUGCCCACGGUCCAUCUGCCGCCGGAGGCGCUAAGAGCCCGUGAACAAAUGCAGAAUUCGCUGCACCACAACAACAACAACCACUUUGAGCCGAAGCUGGUGGAGAUUAAGGCAGGGUCGCACCUGGAGCGAAUGAACGCCUCCCUGACGCCCAUCUCGGGCAAGACGCUGGUGAAGGCAUCGCCGGCGCUCAGCAAGGCGGCGGCGAGUAAAAAGAGGAGGGACGCAUUCGAUGGCAAGGAUGAUGCGAAGGCGAACAAUGCGAGCGGAGCCGCAGCGGCGGCGGCGGCCAAUUCGUUUUUCCAACAGAGCUCAAUGUCCUCGUCGAUGUAUGGCGACGAUGAUAUCAACGAUGUGGCCGCCAUGGGCGGCGUCAACCUGGCGGAGGAGUCGCAGCGAAUACUCGGUUGCACGGAGAACAUCGGCACGCAGAUACGCUCCUGCAAGGACGAGGUGUUUCUAAACAUGCCCGCUCUGCAGGCGAGGAUACGGGCCAUUACGACGGAGGCAGGGCUUGACGAACCAUCGCAGGAUGUGGCCGUCCUCAUAUCGCACGCCUGCCAGGAGCGACUGAAGAACAUUGUGGAGAAGUUGGCUGUGAUAGCGGAGCACCGCAUUGAUGUCAUCAAGUUGGACCCCCGCUACGAGCCCGCCAAGGAUGUGCGUGGCCAGAUCAAGUUUCUGGAGGAGUUGGACAAGGCCGAACAGAAGCGGCACGAGGAGCUCGAACGCGAAAUGCUGCUCCGUGCGGCCAAGUCCAGGUCCCGUGUGGAGGAUCCCGAGCAGGCCAAGAUGAAGGCUAGGGCCAAGGAGAUGCAACGUGCCGAGAUGGAGGAGCUGCGGCAGCGGGACGCUAAUCUGACGGCGCUUCAGGCCAUUGGACCCCGCAAGAAACUCAAACUGGAUAGCGAUGCGGCCAGUGCAGGAGUGGGUUCCAGCGGCGGCGGACUGUUGAGCAGCUCGGGCUCGGCUUCAACCACGUUAAGGCCGCGCAUCAAGCGCGUCAAUCUGCGCGACAUGCUCUUCUACAUGGAGAAGGAGCGCGAGUUUUGUCGCAGCUCCACACUCUUCAAAACAUACCUCAAGUGAUCGCUGCUGUUCGUCAUUCACAUUGUCUUCUACUCCUGUUCCAGUUCGACUUCCAUUGCACCGUCACCACACAACAGCGCCUGCCCUGCCCUACCCGCUUGGACUCUGGUAAUGUUUCCUGCUUUAGAUUUCCUCCCAUCCUUCAACUGCAAUAUAAUGUUCAGAUUUAACCGAUUUGAUUCGCCGUCUCCGUUUAUUGUUUUUAGUUAGGAGUCUAUUUAAUAUUUACUUUAAAGGCUUAAGCCCUAAAUCUACUUUCUAUUCGCUCUUGAUUUUAAGUCUAGUUUAAAUCCCGUUUAUUCCCCCCAAUAAAUUGUCUGUAAAACUGAAACCAAACCAAUCCAAAAACGCAGAAACAAAAGCUAAACAUAAACAUUAACGAAGAAAGGAAGCAAGAGUAGGGAAGAAAGAGAGAAGAGUGGAGUAGAGUAGAGAACGCGCAGUCAGCGGGGCGUUUGAAUUGCCUUAUCUAAACGAUAUAAACCUAAUUAUAAAUAUUUAAUUACUAGCUUAGUUUGUUAAACGAAAAGAAAAGCAUAAUUCCUAGGCCUUAAGUAAAAUGAUGUGCAGCAGAGAGAAAGGACGGAAGCGGUGGAAUGAAUGCGAAUCCGAUAAGAGAAUUGCAGAUGGCAGAUGGUUUCUAAAACCAUCAGGAAAGCAGACAGAUCAGAUUCAGCAAGGAACACUCACAUCAGAGGAAACCAUUCAAAGCAUAUAUUGAAUUAGUUCUAGUUGUUUAAACCACAUGCUGUAAUUUUAAAUAACAUAUUAUGUAUAAAACCAAUCCCAACAAACUGUACAUAAAGCUUAGGCUAAGGAUCUUCUAAUAGUUAACUAGGUAAACUCGAGCGUAAUUAACAAAUUCAAGCAGAUGAAGGAGGCGAAUCCGCAUGUCUAGGCAUUAUGAGAAUGAAACAUGUUUUUAGAAUUAGAAGCGCUCGUUCAUCCAUUUAGAGAAACGAUUCGAUUGUGUCUACAUACGUAAGCGUGCAUGAAGUGGGGCCAAUAUGUCGCCGCCACUGCCAUCUGCUAUCGGACCAAACGGCAGGCGGAUCAAUCGGCAUUGGCCCUAUUUCAUCUAACCCCUCCCUCACACACAAACCACACCACAAACACACACACACACACACAAAAAAUAGACAAAUUUGUAUACAGUUAGCCAGCAAAUCUUGUAAAAUAAAACCCCAAGCAACGGCGGAAAAUAAGCGGAAUCGAGUUAAGAAAAUCAAAAAUAAAUUUACAGUACAUUUCAUGCAAUUCAGAUAAAAAUUAAACAACAAAAGCAAUUCUCAAAUUCAAAGAUCUUUGUGUGUAAAUUAAAACAAAAUUAAAUCCAUAAUGAGAAUGCAGAAAAGAUAGCAGGCAAGAACAGAAUCAACCG